AUGCCGAAGAAAAACAAAUUAGGCAAUAAAAACCAGCCUCGCAAUGACGGGGAUUUUGAAGGAGAGUGGAAUGAGGAAGUGGCUGAGUCCUCCAUUGAAGAUGGGUCCAUGUCCAUGUCGCCUGACUUCCCCUUAUACGGCAACUGUACAAUGAAUGUUGGCGAUAGCAAUGAUCUACACAUCUAUGUCAACUGCAAAUCGGAUGAAGAUUCAUCUUUUUUAGAUAAUGAUUUUGAUAACGGCAUGUUGCUACUCAAUGAAAAUGAGAGUAAAAACAAGUCCUCUAGUUUAUGUAUUAAGAUUUUUGUCAUGGCAUGGAUUAUUAUACUGAUUUUAUGUGUGAUAUUUAGGGAGAAAAUAGGGAAUGUGAUUAAAAUGUUCGCAAAUAAGGUUUCGAAAUUGGGCCCUAUAUCCUUCCUAUACUACAUCCUAGCUCUAUCCGCAUGUUUCCCUGUCUUCAUGCCAAUUGAACUCAUGGAAAGUUUCAACUAA